AACGCUAUUUCAUUUCAGGGUCGAUGCGACUGUGAACUUUUUCUCUAAUGAGAAAAAAAUUGAGCAAUAUCGUAAAAAAAACCACGUACAUAAUAUAUUUGUAUAUUAAAAUUUAAUAUAUUACCUAUCAUAGAUUAUACACUUAAUAUAUUUUAUGUCACAAUUGUAGUUGCAAUUGUUGGUACAAUAAGGCACAUAAAUCAGUGAAAAUGGCAUCAGGACAUGGUGAGACUAGCAGCGAGUGUGAAGGCGAGGAGCAAGAAGACUCUUCUUCGUCUCAUUCUAAUAAUGUGCUUGAAGCUUGCAAUACUCUUGACAAUUUGAGUUUACAAGACAAUGCGCAAAAUACAAAUCACGGUGAAGAUGAGCUUUCAGUCUUCCGGCAGCAGUGGCAGAGAGAACUCGAAUCAACACCGACAACACAGAAAGGAUCAAAGCUUGAAGAAUCAUUUGCAGAACCACUCACUGAUGAGGAUAAGGCUAAGCAACUGUUCCUCCGUGGCGUUGAAUUCGAGCGCGGGGGGAAGUUGUAUGAAGCUAUACAACAUUACAAGCGAGCCAUACAGAUCGUACCGGACGUCGAGACGCGGCUGUACGAGGGAAGCGAGCUCAGGGGAGAUACGCCGGAAGAUUCAGAGGUGGAGGAAGAGGUUUGCGCGGACAAGGCUCCUCCCUCCGAGGAUGAGGACGAGGAGGUCGUGGAGGGGGAGGAACUGCUUGCGAGGCUGCAACGAAUUCUAGCUAGGAGGGGCUUGCUGUGUGAACCGAAACUACCCACGGUGUCGGCGCACAUAUCGUGGCUCCCGUACGAGGUGUUGCUGGUGGUGCUGCGCUGGGUGGUGAGCUCGGAGCUGGACGCGGGCGCGCUGGAGGCGGCGGCCGGCGUGUGCCGCGGCUGGUACGUGGCCGCCCGGGAGCCCGACCUCUGGCGCUCCAUCUGCGUCAGAACAUGGGGCAUAGAGUGCGGCACCCCCCGCGCUAACGGCUGGUCGAGCUGGCGCGACAUGUACAUCGCGCGUCCCCGGCUGCGACUCAACGGCUGCUACAUCAGCAAGACCACGUACCUGCGCCACGGGGAGAACUCCUUCCAGGACCAGUUCUACAGGCCGUGGUAUCUUAUUUACUACUACAGGUACCUCAGGUUCUUCCCCGAAGGCGUGGUGCUGAUGUGGACGACAGCGGAGGAGCCGGUGACGUGUGUGGGCCUGCUGAAGAACCGACACGUCAAAUCCGGUUCCGGGAUCAUGAUGGGACAUUAUAGGCUGAUUGGUCAAAAGGUUGUGAUCGUUAUAAAGAAGACCAGCGAGAAGAAGCAGGUGAUGGCUUCGAACACGAGGUUCCGAGCGCGCAGGAAGGAGCUCGAGCAUGAACAGACGUUCCACCUGGAGCUGGAGCUGUGCGACGUCCGCAGCCGGCGCAACUUCCAGCUGCAGUGGCGCCACCACUCGGUGCGCGUGCGCCUCGACCAGUGGACGCAGUUCGAGCUGGCGCCCGGCCGGUACCCGCCCUUCGCCUUCAGCCGCGUGCGCACCUACACGGCCGAGUCGCACGCGCCGCUGCUGCCCACGCACGCCUACACAUAGGCCCUGAGAAACGCAGCGAGAGAUGAGGUAAGCGCCGCUCUGUCGGACGGAGACACGGACGGCGACAGCGACUCGUCUUAGCUCCGGGCACUCAUCUUCCGGUGCGUUCCCUCCCCCCGCUCUCGUGGCGACCAACUAACUAGGCUCGUACUAUAUAAUAGCUUACGAAUGCUAUUUUUCCCGCGUUAAUAAAGAAUUGAAGCACUGCAAAUCCGCAGCAAGUGUACAGUGAACGGUUUGCGUGUGUGUGUAAUUAGGCAAGCGACAGUGACGUCACGAUCCGAAUGAUUCUUAAAGAGAUUGUUACAAGCGCGGAGCAGGAAGGAUUUCGUACGUUAAUCUGUUGUUACCUGUCUUUGUCACUCCUGUGUAAAUAUAACGAGUCUCGCUCGCACACAUGCAAUGACCGCCGUUCUCAGGGAUGGUAAACCUUUUACCUGAGACUGUAAGGCUUGUUCUUGUUUGCGUGUUGGCUUUGAGUAGUAAGGCAAGCAGUAAUUCCGAUACAGAGCAAUCGGAUUCUGAUUUUUCAAUUUUAAUUUUUUUAUUUCUGCCGAUUUAGUGAUUGUAACUCGAUUUUUAUAACUGUUAUAAUACAAAAUCUAAAUAAAUAAUUUAUUAUAAUAACAAUAAUUUCAGUAAUUUUUUUCUCCUUCAGACAUUUUAUGUAAACCGUACUUAAUACAAAAAUGUUUGUGACCACCCCCAGUAGAUAAAGAGGUCAUUGUACAAAAUUCUUCAUGCUCCGCGGCUAAACUUUUUUCUUUUUUUUUUAAUUUUUUUUUUAAAUAAAACCAGUCGUAAAUAAAACCAUUAAACCAGUCGAUAAUCUUUAAGUGAUAUAUAAAAGUUUGUCAUCAUAUUAUUAUGUUAAUUUGUGAGUGAUAGGGUGACCAUGAUCGCCUGAAAAAAACGUCUUUUCUAUUCAUAUACAAAUUAACAUUUUAUGAGUAAGCAUUAUUCAAAAUGAUUUGUUUGCUUUAAGUCUUCCAGUUGUUUUAGCUCGGUCUGGAGGGUUUUUGUUUGAUGGAGUCAAAAUGAAUUUUAAGAUUAUUCUAUUUUUACGAUGAUUUUAGAAUUCUGACACAGCAUGGCCUAUGUAUGUAUGUAUUUAGUGGAAAUUAGGGUGAAUACAAAACCCAGUGUUUAUUGUAUAGGAAGCGCUUAAAUUAAAUUAAAAUGUGUAAAUAAUGUAUUAUGAAUUCCCGGUGAGCCCAAACUGGCCUCAACUGGUGGUAGGACCUCUUGUGAGUCCGCGCGGAUAGAGACCGCCACCCUGCCUAUUUCUGCCGUGAAGCAGUAAUGCGUUUCGGUUUGAAGGGUGGGGCAGCCGUUGUAACUAUACUUGAGAUCUUAGAACUUAUAUGUCAAGGUGGGUGGCGCAUUUACGUUGUAGAUGUCUAUGGGCUCCAGUAACCACUUAACACCUGGUGGGCUGUGAGCUCGUCCACCCAUCUAAGCAAUAAAAAAAAAAUCCUUAAAGCAAACUUUAAACUAAAACGCAACUUACCUUGUACUAUGUUAUAGAACACUAUUCUUGUACAUAUUGUUAUUAUAUUUAUUAUUUAUAACAUUACAAAGUACCUAAUUUAUUUCAAGAAUAUUUAUUAUGUGUAUCAUGAAUUGUAGAGUAUAUUUUCAAAAUGAAAUAAAAUUUGCAUUUGCGACUGUUUAAGUAUUUUUAAUUGCAACGAAAUGCUUAUUACAUCUUAAAAGUAAAACACUGGUCAGUGUGCAAAUUGUAACAUGAAUUUAUUUUGUGCCUAGUCAGAGCGAUGACUCCAUUGCCUUUUUUGUGCAAAAGCGCCUCUAUGUGCGCAGCUGUCAACCAGGACUUUUUGGCGGGAACGCGAGGAGGAAAGUUGUGUGAUAUGUUUUAAUUUGUCUAUUUAGUGUUUCUUUAGGUUUAAAUGUGUAAUAACUGUGGUUUAUUAACUGUUUAGUAUCUGUCAAAGUGCACAAAUGUGGGAAAAUUAAACAAGUCCGCUGAAUGUAGCUUCUCGGGAUCUUCCAAAAAGUCCAUUGAACAUUUCUCAGUAAAUAACCACCAUUUUACUGAGAUUGUAUUUCAUACCAUAUCAUCUCAUCUCAUUUAAUUUCAUGCCAGUUGAUUAAUGUUUCAAAUUAAUCAACUUCGUUUCAUUUCACUCCAUAUUAUCAUUUUUACUAAAAAAUAAUAUAAACGAUUAGGCUGUAUGGUUUGAUACCUUUACCUUUCCAGUUGGCAAAGAACUACUACUGUCAACCUAUCACCGCUGGACGUAGUUUCUUGGGAUGUUAUUCUUUCGUCAUUAUAGUCAACCAAACGGCUGGAUUUACUACUGAGAUGGCUUAUACGAGUUUCCUACGUAGUAGGGGAGCCCAAGCGGUGAUUUCGGGAUUUACUAAAGCGCGGCAGAUUAAUAUACAGGGGGAUAACUUGUACCCGGUUAAAUACCUCCACCAAAUAUGAACCUCAUAAAUAAGGCCGCGCAUCCAGGAUAAUGGAUCAGAUUAGUAAAAAAAAGUUGAUUAUCAGAAAUUCUCGAGCGCGUCAGAUUAAGGUAGGGUGAGUUAAUUACAUGCUAUAAAGUGUAUAUUCUAAUAAUUUGACAAUUUGAGUGACUUAAGGAAAGGGGAGGACUACAAAGAUGAAAAAAAUAACGUUAUCUGGACAUUCUCGAGCGUGGCCCAUUUUUUUUUAUUUUGAAGGAAAUUGAAGGAUAACGGAAAAUAUAAUAUAUAAUCUGAGGAUUUCCACAAGCUGGUAAAACAAAAAUUUGUUGAUAAAGUUGAAUGCGUGCAGCAGCGUAAUGCCUAUAUUCCCCUCUCCGCGUUUUUUUUGAACAUGUAUUUUUAAAUUAUUUUCUUGCAAAUACAAGAAUUUUACUUAAAAACAAACUUUUUUAUGUGCAUGCUGUUUCCUAAGCUUUUCAAUUACAUAAAUAAGUUCAAUGAUUUAAAAAAAAAAUUGUUUUUUGUUUUUUUGUCAGAUUAGGCGAAUCCCUCUAGAUAAUCGUCAGACGAUGGACAGCGCGUCUAGGACAUAAAGAUGAACCAUAUUAUUAUAUAUCUUAAUCUUGACGCGCUUGAGUAUUUCAAAAUGGUGAAUUUGUUUUGAUAAUAUAAUAACGGCCGCGAGUUUGUGUCACAUCGAAAUCGUCAGAUUAUUGCAUGAGAGCUUUAUUUAAGGUUUCACUUAAGACCCCUAAGAAAAUCUGACGAGCUCGAUUAAAUUUUUUUUUUUUCAUUUUCAGCUCUUACCUACGACCGCACUCACCAUUCAAACGAUCAGAUUAACAUACAUACAUACAUUAUUAAAAAUACGUAGGAUAUUUGCGCGCGUAGAGCUGUGGCAUUUCUCACAAAAGUUCGCAAGCGAAUCUGCAGUGUCUGGUCUGGUGAAUUUACUUACAUGUGGGGGCACGAGAGAUAUUCACGUUAUAAUCCUCAUAAAGUCGCUGUGAUUAGGAAACACAUAAUUUUCUCGUAAUUGUAGAUUCUUCAUUGCAUAUAUAUGAAAUACCCUAUUUUGCAGAAAAUAUGAACUUCUAACACCAGUGGUAUCCUUGUUGUUAAACUCAAAAAAUAAUGCAAUUGACUUCAUCGCUACAGGGCAAAAAAAUACAGCGAAAACUGUAUGUAGCUAAUAAAAAAUAUAAAGAAAAAGGACAUACCAUCUCACUAAACAGACAGCUUGAUAUUUGGCUAGCAAAAAACUAUCUUCGAGAAGCUUAUGUGACACAUUUUAAAGUAUAGGAUUUUUUUUUAUAGUUAAUCUUUUAUGACAGAAAUGAGUAUAACUUUCUAUUUUAACUAUUGUAUUCUGACAAUCACUUAUAUUUCUAAGUUGUAGACGUAAUUUGGUCAGUAGACUUUCAACAAAAUAUAUACUGUUUUUAGUCAAGUUAUUUGCAUCUAGAAAUUACAUAUUUGUAAAUUUCUGAUUUAUUUACCUUUUGAAAUAUUUUAAGGAUCGGCUCGACUAUGACUAAUUUGAUUCGACUAGUCUUACUUAUUAAUGUGAUGUGAAAAUGUGAAAUAAUAAUAACGAUCUAUGUGAAGUAAAAACAUUCAUUAAUAAUAAUAAUCUUUAUUUUCAUAAUAACAUAUUUUACAAUUUCAAAAAGAUAUCCAUAAUGACUAUGCCUACGUUUGGUAAUACAUUGUGAAUAUUUACUAUUUAUACAAGUGACCAGCUGCUAGCGUUAUGUGGACAGUGUCCUUAAAUGCCGUCUUAAUCUAGUGAGAAAAAAAAAUCUAGAACCGCACUGGCUAAUGUUAACAGUCAUCACGACUUAGAAAGAUUCCAGUUAAGAUAAAAAACUUCCAAAACUGAAUCACUGUUGUAAACACGUGAUUGUUGACAUUGAGUUUUGUAAAUGUCAAGUGUCAGUUGAUGUUAAUGUCAUAUUAUCUUUUUGACAUUAGGGAAUUUAUUGUGGAAUGAAACAUUAUUUAUGUAAUGCAUAAUAUAGCUCUAAAUGUAUUUUCUGAUUAUUGUAUGCGUUUGUUUACAAAGUACAUAAUAAAUAUUUAUUUAAUUAUUUUUGGUGCUAACACUAAAACUAAUAUAUAAAUUACAAUUUUUUUUUUUUAAUAAAACUUCCGUACCGAUUCACAUUACUGUAUUUAACAAUAUCUAUGUAUGUUUAAAACUGCACAUUGUUUAUACAAAAAUUUGCUUACUAAAAAUCUACAUGUCACUAUAAAAUCGAGGUUUCAGAGCCUUUGAGAACACAAUUAGAUCAUUCACUCUAAUGUUCCAGGGCGACAUAAUAAUAGUAAUAUAUUGUUAUAAAAAGGUAUGAUUAAAGUUAAGCGAAUUACACAUUGAUCUAAAUGAACCAGUGAACUAUAUUAUAGAUUUGAUGUUCCUUGUAUUCUGUAACUAGUCCGAAGAUGUCUUAAAGACACUGAUUGUUUUGUAGGUAAGAAGAGUGAAGUUAGGUUAUCCCGACAUCAGAAGCACAAGUCGGAUCAUUCUGUUUUUAUAUCGCCUCUAUAUGUACUGUGGUAUGUUUUAUUUUUCUGGAAGUUUCGACUCGUGUUCUUCAGAUCAAUGUAAUAUUCUUUUAAGAAUGUUUGUCAUUAAAUUGUAUCACAUGUAUCAGCAGUACGACUUUCAAACGGUAAAAAUACAAUUAUAGAUGCCGUACCUUAUGUUUUUAAUGUCGAGUUAUGUAAAUUAGAAUUAAGCAUGGGAAAGCGUAUAAUAAAUAAUAAAAAUUCAA